AUGGAUGGAGAUACCGCCCCCUUAGAACAGAUCGCCCCAUUGGUGCAAAAGUAUUUCCCAGAAAGGAAUGCAUAUCUGAUCGUCGACGAAGCACACGCGACAGGAGUCUUUGGGCCUAACGGAGCUGGGAUAGUUCAGGAUCUAGGCGUUGAGGACCAGAUUUUUAUCAGGACACAUACGUUUGGAAAGUCACUGGCUAGUCAAGGUGCUAUUGUUCUAUGCGAUCUCUUGACCAAAGAGUACUUGAUAAAUUAUGCUCGCACCUUGAUAUAUACCACGGCAAUGAGCAGGCCCUCGCUGAUUGCGAUUCGCUCCGCCUAUGAACUGAUGGCAGAGGGGCAAACCCAAUUGUUUCAGUCAGAUUUGCAGAACAACAUCUCAUACUUCCAAUCGCGCUGCGACGAAAUGGUCCACAGAAUCGAGUCGCCGGUGCUCCAAAUAGAAUACAAUCAUCGAUCGCCGAUCUUCUCGAUCCGGACAACGCUUCCGCGAGAACUCGCUCGGUACUGUCAAGAGCGUGGCCUUAUUGUUCGACCGAUUAUGGCACCAACGGUACCUCUUGGGAAAGAACGAGUUCGUGUUUGUUUGCACGCUGGAAACACUCGCCAGGAAAUGGAUAAGCUGCUGGACACAAUAGAAAAGUGGGCUGGCCGGUAUCAUCAGCUGAAAGCGAAGCUCUGA